AUGGGCUGGAGCUGCUCCAUGCGGCUCCUGCUGCUGCUGCUGCUGCUGGGUCCUGGAGCCCUCUCCCUCCUGCGCUACCGGUACGAGUGCAGGGAGCAGCGGAUGCAGCUGGAGGCGCAUCCCAGCCGUGGGCGCAGCGCCCGCAUCAGGGUCCUGGAUGAGCUCGGGAGCCCCUUCGACGUGGCCAACUGCUCCAUCUGCCUCCAUUGGCUCCACAGCAGAGCAGAUGGUGCCAUCGUCUUCUCCUCUGGCUAUGAGGGAUGCCAUGUGCUGCUGAAGGAGGACCACUACAUCCUACGGGUGCAGCUGGAGGAGAUGCUACCCAAUGGAGCCCCACUCAGCUCCUAUGAGGUGAACAUGACCUGUCCUCAGCCCCCUGGCAACGAGCAUCCCGCUGGUGGCCAUGGCAACGGCAUCCGCCACAGCCAGCCUGGGGUCCCGGUCCCCCUGUCCCAGCCGGGCCUCCUGCACCAAGCAUCCCAAUCCUCCAUCAGCAUCCCGGGAUCCCAGCUCAUGUCCCAAGUGCACCAGGAGCAGGUUCCCCCCCUGGCACGGGCAGAGCCCCAGGAGCAGCCGGGAAUGGGGCAUCCCGGGGCUCAGCAUCAACCGGGGCGGCUUCAUUCAGUGCUUCAGACCCACAACCAGCCCGGGCUGAUGCAUUCUAUGGGUCAGAAUCAAGCAGGGCACCUUCGCCCUGGGGUGCAGACCCAAACCCACCCUGUUCUGGUGCACCAAAGGGCUCAGACUCAAGCAGGAGCCCUUCGUGCAGGGCUUGCACCCCAAAACCAGCCCGGGUUGGUGCAGGGCACCGGUGCCUUCAUGCACACUGGUGCUCAGACCCACACGGGCUUCAUACGCCCUGGGGCUCACCCCCCAAACCAGCCGGGUUUAACCCAUCCCAACCCUCAGCCCCAUUCCCAAGGGAACCGUGUCCAUGCUGGGCUCCAGAGCCAAACUGGGCUGAUCCAUCCAAGCCAUUCCCAACCGGGUCUAUCCCAUCCCGGGCUCCAAUCCCGCCCGGGUUUGAUGCGCCCUGGUCUCCAUGCUCAGCCCCAACCGGGUUUGGGGCGCCCAGGACUCCAGCCCCAAGCCCAGCCUGGUUUGAUGCGGCCUGGCCUUCAAUCCCAACCCAGUCUGCUGCAAUCCACAGCCCUCUUCUACCCAUCAGCAGGGGCAGGUACCCCAUUGAGCCGUGAGCAGUGCCAAGUGGCCGUGGGGAGGAUGCCCUGUGUGGCACCACAGGGCCGGGAUGCGUGUCUGCAGGCGGGAUGCUGCUACGAUGACAUGGACCGGGCUGCGCCCUGUUACUAUGGCAACACUGCAACGGUGCAGUGCCUGCUGGAUGCUCACUUCGUGCUGGUGGUACCAAGGGGGCUCAGCACCCAGCCCUACAACCUGGACAGCGUGCGCCUGGCCAGCAACCAGCCCGGCUGCGAGCCCCUCCGCAUCACCGAGGCCUUCGUCAUGUUCCGCUUCGCCGUCACCCAAUGCGGGACCACGGUGCAGGCCAUCGAGGACCGGCUCAUCUAUGAGAACCAGCUCAUCUCCACCAUCGAUGUGCAGGGGUCCCCCCGUGGCUCCAUCACACGGGACAGCAUCUACAUCCUCCAAGCCCGCUGCAUCUACAACGCCAGCGAGCUCCUACCCCUCCGCAUGGAGGUUGCCAUCCCCACCACUGCAGCCCCAGUGGCCAGGCUGGGCCCACUGGGGCUCCAGUUGCGCAUCGCCACUGAUGAGAGCUACAGCUCCUACCACCCCGCUGGUGACUUCCCCCUGGUGAAGGUGCUGAGGGACCCCAUCUACGUGGAGGUUCGGCUCCUGCAGAAGACAGACCCCAACCUGGUGCUGGUGCUGCACCAUUGCUGGGCAUCCCCCAGCACCGAGCCCACGGCCGAGCCCCAAUGGCCCAUCCUGGUGGAGGGGUGCCCCUUUGAAGGGGAUAACUACAGGACGCAGCUUGUGCCGGUUGGACCAGCAUCCCCACAGGUCCCAUUCCCCAGUCAUUACCAGCGCUUCGUCAUCUCCACCUUCACCUUCGUGGAACCCCCAUCCAUGGCAGUGCUGGAGGGAGAGGUGUUCAUCUCCUGCAGUGCCUCCGUCUGCCACUUGGCCCAGCCUGAACCCUGCCGCCCCUCCUGCCACCUCGGGGUGCCCUCACGAGCACGGCGGGCAACGAGGGCCAGAAGCGGAGCCAUGGGCACGGUCAGCUCCCAGGGCAGCAUCGCCUUCCCCAUGGUGGCCAAGGUGGGAGGAGGGGGAUGA